AUGGGGACGACUUUCGUCCAUCAAACUAGUUAUUUCUUCAUCAUCCUCUUCGCCUUUGUGCUUAUGGAGCUGUGCAAUUGUAGCGGAAGCAACAACUUGGGGGUUUGCAAGGAGAGGGAGAUGCAAGCACUAUUGUGCUUCAAGAAGGAGUUUGAAGAUCCAAUGAAUCGACUCUCCUCUUGGGUUGAUGGAGUUGAUUGUUGCACCAAAUGGGAGGGAGUUAUGUGCGACAAUUUAUUGGAUUUGAGUUAUGUUAAUCUCAGCAUGGCACAUAAUUGGUUAGAGGCCAUUAAUAUGCUUCCUUCCUUGCGUGAGCUUCAUUUAUCUUAUUGUGAUCUUCCUAAACUAUCCCAGUCACUUCGCCUUCUAAACAAUUCUUUACUUGAAGUCCUUGAUCUUUCCCAUAGUGAAUUCAACACUGUUAUUCCUAAAUGGAUGUUUAAUCUCAAUAACCUUGUUUCUCUUGACCUAACAUCUUCUGGUUUUCUAAGUCCACUCCCUGAUGGUCCUUGGAACUUGACAUCCAUUAUCACUCUUAACAUCAGUGAUAAUGAAAUGAAUGGUUCAUUACCUAGUCAAUUGUUUGGUCUUAGUGGUUUGGUAUCUAUGAACCUAAGAGGUAAUCAAUUUCAAGGUUCCUUGCCCAAUGGUCCUUGGAACUUGACAUCCCUGGGUAUUCUUGACAUCUCCAGCAAUAAAUUGAAUGGUUCAUUACCCCAUCAAUUGUUUGGUCUUAGUCACUUGGCAUCUCUGGACAUAAGUUUCAAUCAAUUGCAAGACCCUUUACCCAGUGGUUUCUCAAACUUGACAUUCCUUAAAAAUUUGGAUGUUUCUGGUAACCGCAUGAAUUCUCACAUACCAAAUCAGAUUUACGAUUUGACCAAUCUAGAGUCACUACGUCUUAGUGACAACCAAUUGCAAGGAACCAUUUCAAAUUCUAUUUCCAAUUUGACAUCUUUGUCUGCCCUUUAUCUCUCUGGAAAUAUGCUUACUGGAGAGAUACCAAAGCAAAUUGGGAAUCUAAACAAGCUGCAAGAGCUUUAUCUCUUUGGAAAUAGGCUUACUGGAGAGAUACCAAAGCAAAUUGGAAAUCUCAACAAGCUGCAAGAGCUUAAUCUUGCAACAAACAGGUUAUGCGGACCUCUUCCUGAGAAUUUGGGGUAUUCAUUUCCAAUGAUUGAAAGGUUGUACAUUUCAGAUAACAAGUUGGAAGGCAUAGUGACAGAAAAUCACUUUGUUAAUCUCACAAAGUUAACCAUUUUAGAUGCAUCUGGAAAUAGAUUAACCAUGCGUGUCAAUCCAAACUGGACACCUCCCUUCCAACUUGAUCAGCUUUAUCUAAGUGGCUGGAAUUUGGGUCCACAAUUUCCUCUCUGGUUGCAAUCUCAACAUCAAAUUUCUUUUGUGGACAUUUCUAAUGCUGGAAUAGAGGGUGAGCUUCCACCUUGGUUAUGGAACUUUUCUUCUCAAAUUUUAUUUGUUAAUGUUUCACACAACCAAUUGCGAGGCCAAAUUCAGAACAUACUAUCUCAUUCAACUAGAGAGAUUGGUAUGCCUUUCUCAGUAUUCUUGAGCUCUAACCAAUUUAUUGGUCCCUUACCUCGUAUUUCUAUCCACAUAAUUGAGUUAGACUUGUCAGACAAUUCAUUCUCAGGAAAUAUUUCUAACUUCUUAUGCCAUGCACAAAAGGUGCAAUAUGACCUCAGAAUACUUCAUUUGGGAGGAAAUGAUUUAUUUGGAGAAAUUCCAGAUUGUUGGAUGCAUUGGCCAUACUUAGAAGUUUUAAAUAUGAAGGAAAACAAAUUGAUUGGAAGCAUUCCAAAUUCCAUUAGGCUUUUGAGUAAAUUGGAAUCUUUGGACAUGCACAAAAACAUGCUUUCUGGCCCGAUACCACUACUGCAAAAUUGCUCCUCCCUAUUGAAAGUUGAUUUGGCUGAAAAUGGAUUCACAGGGAAGAUUCCAAGAUGGUUGGGGACUUCUCUUUCACAUUUGAUAAUCUUAAGGCUCCGAUCAAAUAAGUUUAAUGGUGAAUUGUCUCCAGAGUUUUGUCAUCUUACAUCUCUUCGCAUUUUAGACAUUUCCAAUAACAACUUUUCUGGCGUGAUACCUAAGUGCCUUAAAAAUCUCACUGCAAUGAUCAAUGAAGGGGAGCUCCCAUUACUUAUGGGGUAUUCAUUUUUUGGAAAAAUCUUCGGUGAAAGUGCUCUAGUGACUACUAAAGGACAUGAGUAUGAGUAUUUCACUAUCAUUCUAAAGUUGUUUGUUAGCAUGGAUUUUUCUAAUAACAACUUUAAUGGGGAUAUUCCAAUUGAAUUGACGAAUCUUGUGAGAUUGAAAUCUUUGAAUUUAUCAAGAAACAAUUUGACAGGAAAUAUACCCGUGGAGAUGGGAAAUAUGAAGUUAUUAGAAUCCAUUGAUCUUUCAAGAAAUCAACUUUCAGGAAAAAUUCCAUCAAGCUUCUCAAGUUUGUCAUCGUUGGGUGUUUUAGACCUGUCCUAUAACAACCUAUCUGGGAAGAUACCUUCAGGUACUCAACUGCAAGGCUUUAAUGCUUCGUGUUACAUUGGCAACAACCUCUGUGGCCCUCCGCUCUCAAAAAGCUGUAGCAGUAUUGAUGAUGGUAAAAUUCCCAAAAAUGAAAGCGAAAGAGAUGAUGGUUGUGAAGUGGAUUGGUUUUAUGUUAGCAUGGUUAUAGGAUUUGCAGUGGGCUCUGGAUCCAUCUAUGGCUCUUUGUUUCUUGUAAAAUCUUGGAGGAUUGCUUAUUUUAAAUUUUUAGAUAAGAAGUUGAAGUCUUUUUUAGUAUGGGCACAUGCUUUGAGUGCUUAA